AUGACGUCGCAGAAUAUCACUAGUAUUGCCCCGGGGAACUAUCUCCAUCCUCAUUUUGUGGCUAUCAUGGUCUUUGCAAUCCUUUUGUUAGUUUGCAUGACGAUCAUUUGUGUUGUGGCGGCUUCAUUAAUUGUGGUAAUAGUUUACAUCCUUUACGACUUCAUUUAUUGGCGGGUGGUAGAAAACAGUCGUGGCCUAGAAUUUGAGUCCGAUCUCGAGGAAGGAGUCGAGAGAAGAAGAAGACGUCGUCAGAGGAAGUAUUGUAGGGUGAUGAUGGAAUUGCCCUGUGUUGAGUAUGGAAGCGUUGGGUUAGAGACCACAUCUAGAGAAUGUGCGAUUUGCUUGGAGGAUUACAAUGGGGGAGAGCCAUGCAGAAUAAUGCCCGUGUGCAAACACAUGUUUCAUGUAGCUUGUAUUGACAAUUGGCUUAACGUGAAAAUUACGUGUCCUGUUUGUCGACAACGCAUUUUCAAUUUGAGGAAUGAUAGAUGA